AAAGGUCCACAGCCAGAUUCGGGUAAGAGCUUCCCACGAUGGGCCCAUCUUUCAACAAUGCUAUAUCUUCUCUGCAGAGAAGUGGAACAUUUAUGAAUUCUUUAAUUGCGGCUUUGACUAUCGGUGGGCAACAACUGUUUUCCUCUUUCACAUUCAGAUGUCCCUGUCAGGUUGGGAAAAAUUUCUAUUAUGGUUCUGCUUUUCUUGUCAUCCCCGCCUUGAUUCUUCUGAUUGCUGGCUACGCUCUGAGAAGCCAAACGUGGACGAUUACCAGUGAGUACUGCUGCAGAUGCACCCCUCCUCACCGCAGAAUCAGCCCCCUGGAGCGUAAGCUGGCUUGCCUUACAUUCUUCAGCAUCACCGGGAGGGCACUCGUGGCUCCAUUGACGUGGCUGGCGGUGACCCUGCUGAAAGGCACCUACUACGAAUGUGCAGCGAGUGAGUUUGCACCUGUGGACAAUUACCCAGUGUUUGAUAAUGUCAGCGCCAGCAAACGAGAAGAGAUGCUAGCUGAGUUUCCAUGCUGCACAUCAGCUCCCUCUGACGUGAUCCUGGUAAGAGACGAAGUAGCUCUUCUGCACCGAUUCCAGUCACAAAUGUUGGGCUGGAUUUUGAUCACCUUGGCAACCAUUGCUGCCCUGGUCUACUGCUGUUUGGCGAGGUGCUGCUGUCCUCUCAACUCCCUGCAGUACAACUACUGGACCAAUCAGCUCCGCAACGAGAGGGAGCUCUUUGAGCAAGCUGCAGAGCAGCACUGCCGGCUCCUCAUCACACAGCGCAUAAAGAAACUAUUUGGCUUCAUUCCCGGGGAUGAAGAUGUCAAACAUGUCCGUAUUCCUUCAUGUCAGGACUGGAGAGAUAUUUCAGCACCCAUUGUAUGCAUGGGUGAUGACUCGCAAAGUCAGUAUAGGUUCCUAGGAGACAGAAUGGAUGAGGUUAAUGAAGAAGACAAAUCAGAAGGUAUUGAAUUAAAGCCUUAA